AUGCUCACGCAGUACGACACAUCCAGCCUCUCUCAGAGACGCCUCAUCUACCUCUUAGUUGCCAUCUUCUUUUCCUUUAUCAUCUCCUUUGUCUUCAUCUACGUCACUCCAAUGCCUAUCUGA